GAUUAAUGUUUUAUCCAAUGUUUUAAUUGUCCACUCCUUUCUACACUUACUUCUCUCUCCGGAUCUUUCUAUUUCAUUCCUCUCAUCACCACCAAAUGCUAAAUUUAGAGAGCAAAAUGAUGUUAUGGAAGAUGACUAGGCCAAAGUGAACUUGAAAAUCAAGAAAGCUCACUGUGCUCCAAAAGAGGUCAAUGGAAAUCGCGUUUGGAGUAUGUGCAGCACCUGGUUUUCCCAUGGUUUCAAGAGUUUGUUGUGGAGAGAAGCCAAAAGAAUGGCGGAGACAAGACUUUUUGGACAUUUGAAAAGCUGAGUGAGGCUUAUGCAAGCAGCGAGCUUCAUCCUGGAGACCUGAAACCUGUUGGUAUUUUAAAAGAUUUUAAAAUCUUUAAUUUAAUUUAAUUUGAUUUUCAAUUUUCAAUUUGUAACUUAUGCUUUUAAUCCUAUAAUUAUUUGGGGGGUUAUAAAUUUGGAUUUAAUUUUCUGAUUUUAUGGUGUGUUUUAUGAUGGAGGUUACAUGAGAUAAUUGGAGCCUAUAAAAGGCAACAAUGUUUCCCAAGUUGUCAACAACAAAAGGGUUAUCUCUACUCCUCAUUUGCAUACUACCACUGCGAUUACUACCUUCCAUAUUUUACAAGGCUCCAAUUAUCUCAAGUUGUCAACAACAAAAGGGUUAUCUCUACUCCUCAUUUGCAUACUACCACUGCGAUUACUACCUUCCAUAUUUUACUAUUAUUUUGGGCGGUUCUGUGACUUGGAGAUUCUAUCCGACUGUGAACGUGCUCAUCGCGGACCUUUGGUUGCUUGUAUUGGGGUCGUAUCUUGGAGUCUUGUAGACCGUCAGCACCUGCACGUAGGGAGGCUACAAAGGCUUUAGGACAGCGUCUUUUGACGUGCUUCACCAUACCAGGUUUCUCAUAUUCUAUGUGCAUGGAUAAUUCAUGGGAUACUCUUUCAGUGUCUGUUCUAUCACAGAACUGCCCUGAAACAUUUUAUGAACCAGAACACUCUGCUUAUCUGGUGGAACUCUGUUUGGCGUACCUCUACAAAGUGUUUCAAAGUACCAAUGCCAUAUCUCUGGAUAACUCCUUGGAGGAUUUGAUAUCCUCAAUAUUUGUCACAGCAAAAUCCAUUGUGAACUGUUUUCAACCAAAGAUGCAGAAGCAACUAGUAUCUGCGGCAUUGGCGUUUCUUUUAAUUGGUUACAAGGGAAUCAGAGAAGUCCCAACUGACUUCUGCUUCUCCAAACUUGAUGAAUAUUUCAAGUACACGAGUCUCUUAUUGAUAAGAUUUAUUGAUGGUGAGCAUUUUGAUAACCUGAUCUGGCAAAUUUUGUUCAACUAGUCAAUAAUGCUUCAUAAGCUCCAUUUCCUGCUAUAUAAAAAGACAAAGUAAUUUGAGCUUCACAGCCUCACCCUUAUAAACUCUAUUGCACUGUUUUGAAAAAACAAAAAACAAAAAAAAUUAUUGCAAGAUUAUAUUUUUGCAAUGUGGGAAUCACAUUCUCAACAUAAAAUUUUUUUUCAGCAAAGUUUCUCUUUUAUGUGAUCCAUCUGACUAGGACGGCCUUUAUUCUCAAAAAAAGAAAAAAAGAAAAAAAAAGAAGACUAGGAUGACCUUUAACUGCCUUUUCUAAUCAACUGCAGUUGAAAAAGGAAUGAUAUUGAUUCAGUGUUUACCCACCAUCACUCAGUCGCUAAUACUUAUCAUGGUUUGUUGGACAUUAGAUUUUUCUCUGUUUAGAAUUUGUCUCUGAUUUUGGUUCUUUAAGGGCAUGUUGCAUUUUGCAGAACCUGUGUCUUUUGAAUUUAUUUAUUUAACGUUGAAUCUCCAUUUCUUGGGUGUUUUGGUACUGAUGAAGACAUCAUUUUUAAGACAAGGUUUCCAAAAGACCAAGACUAAUAAAAGCAAUUGAGUUGAUAUCAGUAUUUUUUCUUUUCUCUUUUUUAGAAAGUUGAUAUCAGUAUAGUUCUACAAAAUGGGAAUACUGUAAUAUAUAUAU